CGGUGCCUAAGAGGGGCACCGAGUGCCGGGCCUCGCCCUCCGCGGUCCCUCCCUGUUCCUCUUCUCCCCGCCUCCCAGGGUUCGCCCCUCCCUCCCCCGAGGAGCAGUCUCUCCUCCGCGCGUCUUCGGGCGCUCUCUCCAUUGUCUCUGCCUUUACAACAGGUCCGGGCAGUGCGGAAGACCGUGGGGGUGCAGGGUCAUCCGAGCUCCCUUGCUUUCUGGGGGUCGCUUCUCUUCUAUACAUGCGCAUCACCCGCUGCUUUUAUUCUGUUCUGGCGCUAAUUUCCCAGCGGAGCAGCCCCGGGGUGAGUCCGACCUCUCCCCCUGGGCUCCCCUCCCAGCCUGCUCCGCCGCCUCGGUUCUGCGUGUGGGAAUGAUGUGCGCAUUGGAGGACUUAAGUUCUUCACGCGCCUGAUGUGUUCUCGCCUUUUCUUCUACCAAAUCAUAUUAAUCCUCAUAAUCAGUAAAUCCAAGACAGCAGCAAAAAUAGGCAAACCCUAUUUUCCCGCUUUAUUCCAAGAAGCUUUCCGGUUUUUAUUUUUAUUUUUAAAGAGGGAGACGAUGGACUGAGCAGAUCCACACCAUGGAGUCUCGGGUGUUACUGAGAACGUUCUGUUUGAUCUUCGGUCUCGGAGCAGUUUGGGGGAUUGGUGUGGACCCCUCCCUGCAGAUUGACGUCUUAACAGAGUUAGAACUUGGGGAGUCUUCGACCGGAGUGCGCCAGGUCCCCGGGCUACAUAAUGGGACCAAAGCCUUUCUCUUUCAAGAUAUCCCCAGAAGUAUAAAAGCAUCUACUGCUACAGCUGAGCAGUUUUUCCAGAAGUUGAGAAAUAAACAUGAAUUUACUGUUUUGGUGACCCUGAAACAGACCCAUUUAAAUUCAGGAGUUAUCCUAUCCAUUCACCACUUAGAUCACAGGUACCUGGAACUGGAGAGCAGUGGCCAUCGGAAUGAAGUAAGACUGCAUUACCGCUCAGGCAGUCACCAUCCUCACACAGAAGUAUUUCCUUACAUUUUGGCUGAUGACAAGUGGCACAAGCUCUCCUUAGCUGUCAGUGCCUCCCAUUUGAUUUUACAUGUUGACUGCAAUAAAAUUUAUGAAAGAGUGGUAGAAAAGCCCUCCAUGGACUUGCCUCUGGGCACAACAUUUUGGGUGGGACAGAGGAAUAAUGCACAUGGAUAUUUUAAGGGUAUAAUGCAAGAUGUGCAAUUACUUGUCAUGCCCCAAGGAUUUAUUGCUCAGUGCCCAGAUCUUAAUCGCACCUGUCCAACUUGCAAUGACUUUCAUGGACUCGUGCAGAAAAUCAUGGAGCUACAGGACAUUUUAGCCAAAACAUCAGCCAAGCUGUCUCGAGCUGAACAGCGAAUGAAUAGAUUGGAUCAGUGCUAUUGUGAAAGGACUUGCACCACGAAGGGAACCACCUACCGAGAAUUUGAGUCCUGGACAGACGGCUGUAAGAACUGCACAUGCCUGAAUGGAACCAUCCAGUGUGAAGCCCUAGUCUGCCCAAUUCCUGACUGCCCACUUAAGUCUGCUCCUUCAUAUGUGGAUGGCAAGUGCUGUAAGGAGUGCAAAGCAAUAUGCCAAUUUCAAGGACGAGCCUACUUUGAAGGAGAAAGAAAUACGGUCUAUUCCUCUUCUGGAGUUUGUGUUCUCUAUGAGUGCAAGGAUCAGACCAUGAAGCUUGUUGAGAGUUCAGGCUGUCCAACUUUGGAUUGUCCAGAAUCUCAUCAGAUUACCUUGUCUCAUAGCUGUUGCAAAGUAUGUAAAGGUUAUGACUUUUGUUCUGAAAGGCAUAAUUGCAUGGAGAAUUCUGUCUGCAGAAAUCUGAAUGACAGAGCGGUUUGUAGCUGUCGAGAUGGUUUCAGGGCCCUUCGAGAGGACAAUGCCUACUGUGAAGACAUUGAUGAAUGUGCCGAGGGGCGCCAUUACUGUCGUGAGAAUACAAUGUGUGUCAAUACCCCAGGUUCUUUCAUGUGCAUCUGUAAAACUGGAUACAUCAGAAUUGAUGAUUAUUCAUGUACAGAACAUGAUGAGUGCAUCACAAAUCAGCACAACUGUGAUGAAAAUGCUUUAUGCUUCAACACUGUUGGAGGACACAACUGUGUCUGCAAGCCGGGCUAUACUGGGAAUGGAACCACAUGCAAAGCAUUUUGCAAAGAUGGCUGUAGGAAUGGAGGAGCCUGUAUUGCAGCUAAUGUGUGUGCUUGUCCACAAGGCUUCACUGGGCCCAGCUGUGAAACGGACAUUGAUGAAUGCUCUGAUGGCUUUGUUCAAUGUGACAGCCGUGCUAAUUGCAUUAACCUGCCUGGAUGGUACCACUGUGAGUGCAGAGAUGGCUACCAUGACAAUGGGAUGUUUUCACCAAAUGGAGAAUCCUGUGAAGAUAUCGAUGAGUGUGGGACCGGGAGGCAUAGCUGUGCCAAUGAUACCGUUUGCUUUAACUUGGAUGGUGGAUAUGAUUGCCGAUGUCCUCAUGGAAAGAAUUGCACAGGAGACUGUAUCCAUGAUGGAAAAAUUAAGCACAAUGGUCAGAUCUGGGUGUUGGAAAAUGACCGGUGCUCUGUGUGCUCAUGUCAGAAUGGAUUUGUAAUGUGUCGACGGAUGGUCUGUGACUGUGAGAAUCCCACGGUUGAUCUUUUUUGCUGCCCUGAAUGUGACCCAAGGCUUAGCAGUCAGUGCCUGCAUCAGAAUGGGGAAACGCUGUACAACAGUGGUGACACCUGGGUCCAGAAUUGCCAACAGUGUCGCUGCUUGCAAGGGGAAGUUGACUGUUGGCCACUGCCUUGCCCAGAGGUGGAGUGUGAAUUCAGUGUCCUCCCAGAGAAUGAGUGCUGCUCACGCUGUGUCACUGACCCUUGCCAGGCGGACACUAUCCGCAAUGACAUCACCAAAACUUGCCUGGAUGAGAUGAAUGUGGUUCGCUUCACUGGGUCCUCUUGGAUCAAACAUGGCACUGAGUGUACUCUCUGCCAGUGCAAGAAUGGCCACAUCUGUUGCUCAGUGGAUCCACAGUGCCUUCAGGAACUGUGAAGUGAACUGUCCCCCGGGAGAUUUCUGGUUAAAGAAUAUUCUUUCAUUAAAAAGACCAAAAAAAAAAAAAAUGUGAAACUUGAAUUGGAUGAUUUGUGGGCAGCUAAGUGCAGCUUUGUGAUAGCUGACUAAACUUUCAAUUAUGAAACUUGUGGAGCUUGAGAAAAUCACAAAAGGAAAAUUCUUUUGUGGUCAAAUCCUUGGGGCAGAAUUAGACCACAGUUCUGCCUCUCCGGUGUCUGACAUCACCAUGUGAAAGAGUGAGUGAGGAAAAUGCGCGAUGGCAUCAUGACCUCUGGUUAUAAACCCGAACCCACUGGAUCUCAGAAACCUUCUAGCUUCAUUGGUGCAGAAAAAUUUACUCUAGAUCAGAAUCUUCACCAAUCAGUUAGGCUCCUCACUGCAAAGAAGAAAAACAUAAGGCAGUGAACAAAUUAUAUUUUCAGAAGUAAAGCGAAGAAGCUAUAAUGUGUUAUAUACAGUACACACUCUGAAAAGAAAUCUGAAACAAGUUGUUGUAAUGAUAAAAAAAUAACACACAGGCAUGGUUACUUAAUAUUUUCUAACAGGAAAAGUCAUGUCUACUUCCUUGUUUUACUGCACUUAAUAUUAUUUGGUUAAAUUUGUUCAGUAUAAGCUCGUUAUUGUGCAAAAUUAAAUAAAUAUUUCUCUUACCUUAUAA